GCAAGAAUCGUCCGAGAAAUACGGUGGUGCAGUGUCUUAAAAACAGUAAUCGUACCGUAGGUUUUUCGAUGGCAACUUCUGUUGGAACAUACCGUACAAGUAGACUGGAACGGGUGCAAAGAAGAGUUCGGCAUGUGACAGCUAUCCCCUAAAGAUUGGUGGAAAAAGCACACGUAUCGCUGUUUGUAGGAGUGGAGAACAGAAUCUCUAGAUUUUGAUGAAGCAAACCAAAAAUGGUAUUUGUAAGCGGCAAGGGAAGGCCCCCUUUGGGCAAUGCCAAGAUUGGGCAUGUUUCGUGGGACGAAGAACACUCGUGUUUCGUUGGGACGAACGGGUUUUAUUGGCACGGCAGGAAGUACGGUGGAUGGAAAGAGGGUCCUCCUGAUGCGUUGGUCGCGAACCGCAAACGUCCGGCGCCGUGUAGUCGGGGACGGCGGCCGAGGGGGAACGAUCACGUUGGUAUUGAAGUCACCUAUAGUGUAGAAUACGAUUGUUACCAAACAGAAAAGAACUAUUUUUGGCACGGAACAUACAACGGCGGGUGGAAGAAACAUCCUAAUGGAACGGAUUUUGCCUCGGAAAAAGAAGAAUCAAACGAUAGUGUAUCCGGGGUUGGCGGCACAAAAUACUCGUCUGAGAACCAAAAGAUCAACUGCGAAAAGAAACAGAAGAAGGGCAAUACGAAGGGGAGACGGCCCAAGGCAAGAAGUAGCGGAGAAGCGAUCGAGUACGAUACCGAGAGACUAUGCUGGAAGACGGACAGAGAUGGAGGCCUCUAUUGGCAUGGGACAUACAAUGGGGGUUGGAAGGACCACGCUCCAAAAAAACGGUAAACAUCCAAUUUUUAGUUGCAGUAAAAUCUUGUCAGAUGUAAGCAUUCAUUACUGAAAGCCGUUUGUGAUUGAUUUUUCUGGGGGGAUACAAACAACAUGCAUAGAGCAUGAUGGUCAACAAUUUUUCGAUGCUCGGAAGAAAUAAUUCUCUACCCACACCAUUAAAACCGUUUUUCCAAUAGAUCAAUCUUCAUUUG